GCCGUGCAUAAUAGCUAGCUAGAAGUCAAAGAGGGGAGUGUCACAGAGAGCAGUGGUGGUAGUGAUGAACACAGAGUCUUGGUGCCAGGUGGAGGGAAACUCCAACCAGAAGUGGACACGCUCGACCCGGAGGCACUAUGAGAAGGCACUGCAGAGCUCAGUGUUCCACCAGCUGGAGGUGCCUGCCACUGACGAGGGUCGCGUGGACUGGUCCAUGGCAGAGAAACCACAGCCAGAGAAACUGGCCAAGAAGAAACACUUUCAGCAGAAAUAUGAGACUACACUGAGAUGACAGAUGCAAACUGCAUUCACAGAACAAGCCAGUGACUACAUACAUGCAUAGGCUGCUGCCAUUUCUAGAGUCUCUGAUCAGAUAU